AUGGAGUCUUCUAUCUUCUCCUUUGCUCUUUCCACCUUAUUCUUAAGCAGCUUUACCCUCUCCUUCAAUUCUGUCAUCACAGAUAAGCAUGCUCUUAUUUCCUUUAAAAACUCCAUCACUUCCGACCCUUAUGCUAUUUUGAGCACCAAUUGGUCUCAAAAUACGUCAGUUUGUAAUUGGGUUGGUGUGUCGUGUGGCCUCAAACACGGCCGUGUCACUGCUCUCAAUCUCUCUGGCUACGACCUUGCUGGAACUGUUGAUCCACAUCUCGGAAACCUAACGUUUCUAAGAUAUUUGGACAUCAGUUCCAACAGUUUCACGGGGAUCUUAUCAUUUGAGCUCUCUAAACUGCGUCGUUCGAAGGUGAUGAAUGCGGGAGUCAAUUCAUUCACAGGAGAAAUACCGACAUGGUUGAGUAAUUUACCUCAACUGGAAGAACUCUAUUUGUACAACAACACUUUCUUCGGUACAAUUCCUGCGUCUUUGUUUAACAUCUCAAUGUUACAAGUAUUAGACUUGUCCAAUAAUCAAUUGAGUGGUUUCAUGCCACAUGCUAUUUUCAACGUGUCUUCCCUCAGAGAAAUCAAAAUUAUAAAUGAUAGCUUAUCAGGACAGCUUCCAAAUGAUAUGUGCAACAAUAUGCCCAACAUCAAAAGAUUGUCAAUCUAUAGGAACCGACUUGAAGGGCAGAUUCCGCCAAAUAUCUGGAAAUGCACACAUCUUGAGGUGUUAUCAUUAUCCUUCAACAAUUUCAAUGGAAACAUCCGCGUGAAAUCGGGAGACUGA